CAUUAAAGGCUUCUUUUGGUUACACCCGCAGACCCAUUUCUUUUCAUCAUUUGCCAAUUUUUAUUACAGCCGUUGGGCUUAACAAAUUGGUCCAACAAUAACAAGUUAAGACUCCAAAAAAUCUGUCGAAUCUUCGCUUCUUCUCACCAACUAAAGCAGCGUUUGUAGUUCACGAAUCUUUGGUGGCCGAUCAUCAAUCCCCCAGAAGACGCACAUAGAAAUCUCAGUUUGGUUAAUAAACCUUUUCUCAAUCUCUGUAUAGUCGCUGCUUUCAGACGAAAUUCUAUGUCAGAUACGGAUGUUUAUGUUGAAGGUUUAGAGAUAGGGUUGAUGCGAACUAAACAGCGAGUUUCUUGUUAAUUUAUGUGUGUGUUACGUGUAAUCAAGAAGCAAUCUUGGUGAAGGAAGAGUGUGGUAGGUAUUCCAUCUCCACUCUUGAAGCUCAAAAGCUGGCAAUGGUGGGCUCUUGUAUCCAUCAACAUCUUCUUCCUCAUUGGUGGCUAAGCUGCUUCAGUCAUUCUAGGUAGGUUUUACUACAACGAAGGUGGAAACAGCAAAUGGAUGGAAACUCUUGUUCAAACCGCUGCUUUUCCAAUCAUCUAUAUCCAGCUUUUGCUUCUUCCUUCUUCUUCAGAGUCUUCUUCUUGUUCACUCAAAACCAUGGUCUUGAUUUACGUUCUGCUUGGUGUCAUCGUCGCUGGAGACAACAUGUUGUACUCUGUUGGACUUCUCUACCUCUCUGCAUCGACUUAUUCGCUCAUUUGCGCUACUCAGUUAGCGUUUAGUGCGGUCUUCUCUUAUUUCAUCAAUGCUCAGAAGUUCACUUCUUUGAUUCUCAAUUCAGUGGUUCUUCUCUCUUUCUCUGCUACGUUGAUUGCCCUCAACGAUAAUGCAGACGCUCCGUCUGGUGUCUCCAGGUCGAAGUAUAUCGUUGGGUUUGUGUGUACACUCGCUGCAUCAGCUCUCUACUCUCUACUCCUCUCCCUUAUGCAGUUCUCAUUCGAGAAGGUUCUGCAGAAGGAGACUUUCUCAGUAGUUCUCGAGAUGCAAAUCUACACUUCUUUAGUGGCGACUUGUGUCUCUGUUAUCGGGCUUUUCGCAAGCGGGGAAUGGAGAACGCUGCAUGGAGAAAUGGAUGGGUAUCAUAAAGGUCAAGCUUCUUAUGUACUGACUCUGGUCGGGACAGCGGUUACGUGGCAAGUGUGUUCUGUAGGAGUGGUGGGUUUGAUAUUUCUGGUGUCGUCGCUCUUCUCAAACGUUAUUAGUACGCUUUCUCUAGCUGUGACUCCACUUGCUGCUUUGGCUGUGUUCCGUGAUAAGAUGAGCGGCAUUAAGGUUUUGGCAAUGCUGAUCGCUCUAUGGGGUUUCGCUUCUUAUGUUCAACAGAAUCAUCUUGAUGACUUGAAAUUAAGACGAGCGCGAAAACAAGCGCAUGCCAGUCGGGUUGAUCCGCCUUGUUAAUUCAGGCAGUGUAAUUGCUUUAGGUUGAAUAACUUUUACUCGUUAGGACAAGCUUCUGUUCUUGUCAUAAUCUUUAAAAAUCAGAAUUUUUGUACGAUCAAAUUUAAAUAUACUGGUUGGUACAUGGAACUUAAUACAAAUUGCAAAUGCAGUCGGAUUUAGCAUAAGAACAUGUAUAAGUAAGAAUGUCCGGCCAAGCAUAAACUGUUAAGCCGUCGAUUAAAUCAUUUAAGCAUAAAUUGCAUUUCAUAUGCAAUUUCAAGAUUUUUUUAUUCUUUAGGACACAUUAUGACUUACAAAUUGCACAUAGGGACACUUGUUGCUGGAGAGGCACACUUUCUCCUUUUGCAGUAUCCUACAUACCCUCAAAUAAAACUCAACUACAAUAUCUUCUAAUUAUAACUCCUUUAACUAAGCUGUCACUUUCCUACUAUAAGAAUUUUAAAAACAAUUUAAAAAAUAAAUGAAUAAAUCAGUUUCUUAUUUUUCGAAAAUUUCCAUAUAUUUUCUCUCCAACUUUACUUUCGAAAUUCAAAUCUACCUUUUCCAAUUUUCUCAUUUUCAAACUUUCCGUUGAAUUCUGAUAUGUAAUUGAUAAACCCACAAAUCAAGAUCCAAACUUUGUUGUUGGUUGAUAGAAGUUAUAUGCGAAUCAGCUGCCAGUUGAUUAAUGAGACGAACUCGACAAUGAUAAAACCAUCGGAGAAGACGAGAGAGUCGCCAGAGACGAAACGAGCCAGCUCCUCGACCGAUGGUGAGACACACCUUGGAUUUUAAUGAGCUCGAUGAAGCUAUGGUGGUUCGAGCUCGUCGCAAUCCUCCACCACGAGUCUGCCGCCCAAGUUGACUCCUCGCCUUGCUCAGCUCACAUCCACGAACUCUUGUUCAUCAUCUAGGUGAAGCUGCGGUGGUUUGAGCUUGGUAUCGCCAUGGAUAAAAGCUCGAUCGCAUCUGCAAUAAAAAUCAUGAAUUUGCGCAUUUGAUCCUUGUAUUUAUGUAAGUAUUUGUUUUGACUCUCAAAAUUUUCAAAUGUGCAGAUUUGAAUUCUAAUUAGUCCCAAAAUUUUCAAUUAUACACCGCAGCCAUGUUUUAUGCAAUUAUGUUCUUAAUGAUUACAAUGUCGAUAUGAACAUUUUCUAGUCUAUUUCCACACCUACUA